AUGAACAAUUCAGCAAUUUUGCUCCAUAACGUGUCGUUGGUGGUGCAGACUGCUUUACCUUCGAACCUUUACUACUUUCUUGCCGCCUACUUAACAUUAACAGGAUACAAUAUCCAAAGUUCUUUUUUUUCUUUUAUUUUAGCUAUAAUUUCAUUUUGCGGGAACUCUCUAGUCAUAUACAUUUUUACAAGGAGUCGUCUUGCAAGGUAUUCUGUAAACAUCUUCAUGGUCAACAUCGGAGUAGCCAAUCUUUUUGAGUCGCUCCUUGGAUAUCCGAUGGCAAUCAUAUCAAACAUUUAUUGUGGGUGGUAUUUUGGUGAUUUGGGUUGUCAGCUGUAUGCCUUCUUUGUGUUUUCGGGUGCAGUUUGUAACAUUAUGACGUACGCAUUCCUCGGAAUAUACCGUUAUCUUCUGGUUUCUAGUCCAGAAUGUAAGUAUACGUUACUUGCCUUCCUAGUAAAAUAUAAACAUACCCGCAAUAUUAUCAAUGUUUUAAUUGUAAAUUUUGCAGCCGAGUUUGUGCGUGUUGAGAAAGUUGGAUUAACUAUAGUACUCACGUGGCUGUACGCCUUUCUUUGGAGCACAUUCCCUUUUAUUGGGUGGGGGAAGUACGGUAUAGAACCGUUCGGAACUUCCUGCUCCAUAGACUGGAUGAGUAAAUCAGAGGACACCCGCUCCUAUAUUAUGUCCGUUUUCAUCUUUGUUUUUAUGUUACCUGUUGGUAUUAUUAUAAUAUUCUACUACAAAGUUUCUGUAAAGAUCAGGAACACAGUUUCGAUCUCUCUAGAUGGGGACACGGGAACUAGUAUUUCAAACCCACGGCAUGGAGUUAGAACCGAAGGCAGGGUUAUACAAGAUACUGUGUUAAAGAACAUCGGCAGAUCAAUGAUUGCUUUUCUUGUCGCAUGGGUUCCAUAUGCUUGUGUUGCUAUUCUGGUGACAAUUGGAGUGAACAUUUCCAUAUACUUUUCAAUUAUCCCAACAUUUUUUGCAAAGACACAAACAGCCGUCAAUAUUUUUGUUUAUGCAGCUGGUUUUCCGGAUUUUCGAACCGAGCUAAAACGAUUGAUUUGGAAAGGUUAAGAUAUUGUUCAUUUGCAAAAUAA